UGCUCUUUGGCGGACGACUCGCUGUGGAUGACAACCGUCCAGAUCGUCGCAGAACCAGCGGUGCUGCUCGGCUGGCCGGGGCUUCAACACAGCGGCGGGGCAGCGGAGCGAACCGAACCGAACCGAACCGGGGAGGGGAAGGAUUUACUGACACAGGCCGAGCAUGGCGACCCAAAGCACCGCAUCCUGCACUGGAUCCACCCUGCUGCAGCCAAUCAGCGAAAUCAUAGACCUCCCACUCGACCAGGUGAACUUCGUGGCGUGUCAGCUGUUCGCUCUGCUCAUGGCUGUGUGGUUCCGGCUCUACCUCCAUCCCAGUAAAACCAGUCCCUUCAUCAGGCACGUGGUGGCCACCCUCCUGGGCCUGUACUUGGCUCUGUUCUGCUUUGGCUGGUAUUCAGUCCAUUUUUUGGUGCAGAGCGGCCUCUCUUACGGGGUGAUGAUCUUUGCCAGCUUGGAGCACAUGCACAAGUACUGCUUCAUCGUCACCCUCGGUUACCUGAUCCUCUGUCAGAUCACAAGAGUCUACGUGUUCGACUACGGCAUGUACUCUGCAGAUUUCACUGGGCCCAUGAUGGUCAUAACCCAGAAGAUCACCAGCAUGGCGUUUGAAAUCCAUGACGGUUUGUCGAAGCGCAGAGAAGGACAGCUGACUCCCAGUCAGAAAUACCUAGCUAUCAGCCGGAUGCCCAGCUUGCUGGAGUACCUGAGCUACAACUGCAACUUCAUGGGCAUCCUGGCGGGGCCCACCUGCUCCUACAACGACUAUAUGGCCUUCAUGGAGGGGACGUCGUACCAGCGCCGGCACCAGGAGAACGCCAACGGCAAGGAGAACGGGAAGGCCAAGCAGGCUGAGCCUUCGCCAAAGCGCGCCGUGGUGUCCAAGCUGUGCACCUGCGCCAUCUCUUUGACCACCUACCUGUCUCUGUACCGGCUGCUCCCGGUUGACUACUCCAUAGACGAGCACUUCGUCAACACCACGCCGUUCCACCUGCAGGUCGUCUACCUUUACCUGGCCAUGCUGGCUCUCAGGCCAAAGUACUACUUUGUGUGGACUCUCGCCGAUGCCAUCAACAACGCAGCCGGGUUUGGCUUCAACGGCUACGACGCAGACGGCUCGCCGCGCUGGGAUCUGAUUUCCAACCUCAGGAUUCUGGAUAUCGAGUUUGCCACAAGUUUUAAGCUCUUUCUAGACAACUGGAACAUUCAGACAGCUCAGUGGCUCAAAAGAGUUUGCUAUGAGCGUUGCCCCGUCAACCCGACGGCCGCCACCUUCCUGCUGUCGGCCAUGUGGCAUGGCGUCUACCCUGGCUACUACCUGACCUUCGUCACCGGCAUCGGGAUGACCAUGGCCGCCCGCGCUGUACGGCACAACAUCAGACCGUACUUCUUGGUCUCCGACUCGCACAAGCGCGUCUAUGAUGUCAUCACGUGGGCGAGCACGCAGGUUGCCAUUAGUUACACGGUGGUGCCAUUCGUCUUGCUGGCUGUUGGACCCUCGCUAAAGUUUUACACCUCGUGGUACUUUUGCUUGCACCUCCUGUGUUUCCUCGUGGUUCUGGUUCUGCCGGUCAAAUCGAGACGCCAGCAGGCCAGAGCGAAGGAAGACGCUGCGCUGGACGAGCAGCGCGACCACAGCAGCACAGACAACAACUGCAACCGAAAAGACAAAUGCACAUGAGACCGCCGCCAUGUCACAAGCCAAACUGGACCGGGCCGGGUCCCAUUACCUAACCAAGAACCCAAAAAAACACACUGAGGAAAAAAACACAGAACUUCUAGUAGCAACAUGGAGGACAGCCGUCGCUCUGCUGACGAGGAUUAAAGACCAACAGGAAGUAAUCUGGUGACUUUAGUGCUGCCUUAAACCCUCUGUGUACUCUACAGGUAAGGACAUAGGAGGGGGCGGAGCUUCUCAGGGCAGACAGGAAGUAUGUGGAGGGUUUUUGUCAUUGGAACAGGAAGUUCGUCAUUUUCAAAGGAAAACUUUAUCAGCUGCCAAUUUUGAACAGGCCUUAUGAUCUUUGAAUGGUUUCAUUUCUUCAUUUUUUUAAUCUUUGGAAGAGUUCAUGUUGUGCGUUUCAUAUUUAGCUGAUUGUGACGACACUAUUUGAAAUACAUUCUUAAUGUUUCUUCUUUGUGGGAAAAUUUGGCUGUAAAACGACAGAGAGAAUCGAAUCUUCUGUCCCAGAUUUCUGUUUGGUUUUUCUGUUGUUGGGAUCCAUGAAUUUGACAAACAGUUAAAGGGAGUUUUGAUUUGCUCACAACAAGCUUCUGUUUUUUUUUCCAAACACACAUUUUCUCACAUAUUUGAAAAGUUACAGCCUCAAACUAAAAUGGGUUUAAUUGGAUUUUUUAUAUGUUGAAUAAACAAACACAAAGUAAUGCCUAAUUGUGAAGUGGAAAAAACUCAUACGUGUUUUUUUAAUCAGUUUUUUAUUUAUUAUGUAUUGAGUCAUUGCAGAUAAGAAACUUCUAGAUUAAUUUUACGUAUUUACUAGAAAAAUCUCGUUUUGUUGUGAAGUUGUACAUUUCCAGGGGGAAAUGAUAAUUUUUCAUAAUUAAAGGCAUAAAGUUACACCUUUAAAAGUGAACUGGAACAGCAGGCAGUUUGUAACAGGUUCCCAGCCCAACGAGCUCAGGUUUGAUCGGGUUCGCUACAUCAGAACAUCUUGUGGGUUCAGAUUCAAUGCAGUUGUGUUGCAGCUUCUUCCUCUCCAGGUGUUCACGGUGAUUCUGGACCUGGAAAAUAUCGAGCUGCACAGGCAAAGAGCCCCGAUGUACCACUUAGCUUUCUGGGUCGGGCUUGAAAAAACAGCCUGCUGCUCUAGUUUAGUUCUAAAAUCAGACAUUUUAGGACUUUAAUCAUAGAAAAUAAUCCUUUUUUUCUCACAAAGUUGCAACUUUCUAACAUCAAAGAAAAAACAAGUUUUUUAAUUUUGCUUAAGUUAAAUUAAUGACAUGACUUCCUCCCUUUAUUUUUUAUUCCUAAUCCUUUGUUGUAUUAUUCUGCCUGCCUGAGUCAGUAAUUCACUUUUGUUGUGACUUUACCUUGAACAUCUAUAAACUCAAACUGUUCUUUAACUCAUGCCCCAGAUUCUCAAUACCAGUUAGUUUUGGACUUUGACUAGGCCAUUCCAACACACGAUCUUCAUUGGAUGCUCUCCUUGUUUGGUUUAACACUUUAAGAAACAACGUCUUGGCAGGUUUACAGUUUAUUCCACUUCACAGUUAUUCACUACUUUAUGUUGCUCCAUCAAAGGAAAUCCCUUUAAAAUAACUCGAGUUUCUAAAUGUAACAUGAUGAAAUGUAUAAAAAUGUUCAAGUUUAACUAUGUUAUUUCCAUCACUCUUUUGAUUAAGUGUUUAGCUUUUUAUCUUAAAAGUCUAACCGCAGUCUAAUUGGAUUAAUGCAUUGGCGUGCUAAAUGCAUAAAUCUCUGAGGAAAUGUGAUAUGUUUUAUAAAUCGUGAUAUAACCUCUGGAGUCCAGAGCCAGUCGGUGCCAUGAAUGGUUUUAUUUUUAUAUUGUGAGCAUCUAAUGUGAGCAUUUUACUGUAGAGUGAGACACUGUUUCCUUUUGCUGUUUUUUCUGCAUCGUUCAUCUGAAGCCUUCCAGAUUUCUGAUCUGAUGUUGGUUCUGUUUCAAGAGGUAUUUCUGUUAAUAUAAAAUAGAUUGAAACAGAUGGUUCCUGUUAUUCUUCGUUAAAGUUACUGAUUAUUUAAAAAGCAACAAAGCAGCAGAAGUGAAGUCUUUCAGUGUGGAUCUGUUUAUGGGGUUUUUUUCUCUAACAUUUCCAUAUUUCUGCCAUAACUCUGUGUGUUUACCAUUCUUGUGGUGUCUUGAUGUUGAUUGUGAUUUUAAAGGAACCCAUGUUCUGUAGCGCGGCCCACCGGCGAGAGGAGAGACACCGUCACUACAAACGCAGCGGCUGCAGCGCUGCAGCACUGCAUGGCCACACAUACCAGCAGAUCAAUGCAAACGGCUCCGGACGUCCAAAGUGCCAAAUCAGAAACGGCGCAUCUUGUUUUAGAGAGUGUGUGUGUAGAAGUGCGUGUGUGUGUGCGCGUGCGCCAGACUAACAUAAUGGGUAUUUUUGUGUCAGAAAGAAAUUUAUCAAACUAUUUGUAUAACAGUGGAGUACAUUCUGAUGUGGCGAAAUAAAGAGAAAUUAUUUUUAAACACUAA